AUGGCGGCGGCGAAAGCAGCGGUGGUUCUUCCCCGGCCGGUGACGUUUGUGACGGGAAACGCCAAGAAGCUCGAAGAGGUUAAAGCUAUAAUCGGAAAUUCAAUUCCUUUCAAGUCUCUCAAACUAGACCUGCCUGAGCUACAAGGUGAACCUGAGGAUAUCUCCAAAGAGAAGGCUCGUUUGGCUGCUCUUCAGGUGAAUGGGCCAGUGUUAGUGGAAGAUACAUGCCUCUGUUUUAAUGCUUUGAAGGGUCUUCCUGGGCCAUACAUCAAGUGGUUUCUUGAGAAGCUUGGCCAUGAAGGUCUGAACAACUUACUGAUGGCCUAUGAAGAUAAAUCAGCUUAUGCAUUGUGCGCAUUCUCUUUCUCGCAUGGUCCUGGUGCUGAACCUCUUACAUUUUUGGGGAAAACUCCGGGUAAGAUAGUUCCAGCAAGAGGACCAACUGAUUUCGGGUGGGAUCCAGUGUUUCAACCUGAUGGAUAUGAACAAACGUAUGCAGAAAUGGCAAAGGAAGAAAAGAACAAGAUAUCUCAUAGGUACAAGUCUUUAGCAAUGUUGAAAUCUCACUUUAAGGAGGCUGGCUAUGUGUUCAAGACAGCAGAUGAUGAUACCAUUUAA